GUGCUGUCUUACACCUGCACGACUAUGCCAUCCUGAGUGUGGACUGGCUGGUGUACAAUGCCACCUACCUCCCCAACUGCUACAUCUGCUUCACCCACAUGGGCACCAUUCGGUUUCGCUUCUCCAAGCCUCACCCUCCGCAUCCACUGCCAGCCCAGUGCUCCCACUGGGUAUUGCUGGAGACUUACCGUAAACAGCUGCACAACGUGACCGAGUUUGAUAGCAGCUUGCUGAGAAACUUGACCCUGGUGACAGAUGCCCCUGAGCUCACCUACCCUUCUCAGACUUUAAUUUGGAAAAGAUUUGAAGAAGUCUUUCUCAUUGCCUCUGGACUUAUCUGCUAUGCACCUGUGUUCAAGGCCUAUUUCUACCAGGGGCUGUUGGAGCUCUAUGAAGAUAAUAUACAGUAUGUUGAGAUAAGAGCUAUCCUGCCUCCGGUGUAUGAACUGGAUGGCACCCUGCACAAUAAGUCUUGGUCCAUAGCAACCUAUCGGGAAGUGACCAAGCAGUUUGUGAAGGAGCACCCUGACUUUAUUGGAGCCAAGAUCAUAUUUACAGCACACAGGAUGCUGAAUGUUUCCCAGAUUGAAGAAGCCAUCAUCACUGCCAUGGCACUCAGAGACCGCUUCCCAGACACUCUGGCAGGCUUCGACCUGGUUGGUGAUGAGGAUGAAGGUCAUUCUUUAUGGGACCUGAAGGAUGCCCUGACCCUCCCAUAUUCCCUGGGGGUCAACUUGCCAUACUUCUUCCAUGCUGGGGAGACUGACUGGCAGGGCACCUCUGUGGACAACAAUGUGCUGGAUGCACUGCUACUGAAUACCAGUCGGAUUGGCCAUGGACUUGCCCUCAUUAAACAUCCAGUAGCCAAAAGUUUGUCUCUGAAGAGGGAUAUUCCUGUAGAAGUCUGCCCCAUCUCCAACCAGGUCCUGCUGCUGGUAGCCGAUCUGCGGAGCCACCCUGCAGCUGACCUCAUGGCUGAGGGGCACCCCAUUGUGAUCGGCCCCGAUGAUCCCCCUAUCUUUGGGGCAAGAGGAGUCUCAUACGACUUCUACGAGGUGUUCAUGGCCAUCGGAGGGAUGAAUGCUGACCUGAGGACCUUAAAACAACUUGCACUCAACUCCAUAAAAUACAGUGCCAUGCUACCAGGUGAGAAAGCCAAGGCCAAAGAGGUCUGGCAGAAAAAAUGGGACCAGUUUGUGGCUGACUUCUCUGAUAGCUUUUCAAGGGAGCUUUAGAGGGGAGGAGACACAUCUCAGAAGGCAUUUGGCAAGCCAGAGCCAGCCAGACCUAUUGCUAAGAGGAAAACUGCUUCUUCCAUUUGACCUGAUCAGAUGAAUGAACC